GCUCUUCAGUAAAUGUUUUUAUUGACAACGAAGUCGAAGGGCAGAUAAAAUAUUUGUUUUCUGUUUAUCUCUUGUUCUUAUUGAUAAAUUCAUGAGAAUGGCGUCAGCUGGAAGAGGAAAAGCAAGAACAAAACAGGCAAAAAAACAUGAAAUAGCGGAAAGGGUUCAAGAGAUACAAAUGAGGCAGAAGAAUUGGAUGGAACAAAGAGAAGUAGCUUUGAAAACAAAAGUAAACUCUGAAGGGAAAUCAGCAACAGUUGAAAAGAAACCUGAAACUAAAUUUGCACCAUCACCAAAACCAACUAAAACCACAGCAGAAAACAUUGCAUCUACCUCAAACCAUCAAAUGUCUAAAGAAAGGUUCAAAUCUUGGAUGGUUGCCAGAGAAAGAAAAGGCAAAAUGGAUCAUGGAGACUAUGAUGAGGAAGACAGUGCAGAUGUACUUAAAGUCUCAAGUUCAAGGACACCUGGUUAUGCGAGUCCAGAGCCAGAGUGGGAAGAAGAAGAAACAAGUUACAAAAACUACCAACAGUCUCAGAUCAUGAAUCAGAUGAUGUCAGCAGAGGACUUUGAUGCCAGAGCGGACAGCAUUCUGACACGAGUAAAAUAUGGAUUGGACAAACAGGACAGCUCAAGCAACAAUAAUAAUUCAGGCGCCUCGGAUCUAUCAGGCCACUACUGCCCAGUGUGCAGAAAACUCAUGAGAGGAGACCAGAACUCUCCACUGAUUUAUGUGCCAUGUGGACACAACACCUGCAUUUCCUGUUCAAAGGGAAGAGAACUCUGUCCGUGCUGUGGAUCCCAGGCUUCCUCCAAAACUAGAAAUAUUAUGUUGAUGCAGAUUAUAGAGGAUUAUCACAAAAAUUUACAUAGGGUCAAGGAGAGACAAAAUCCAGAGCUUUCUAAUGCAUCUGAAAAAAAUCAGAAGAGGAAUAGAGGAAUCAACAAAACAAAAUACAGAGAAGAAUAUGAAAAUCUGAAAAUGAGACAAGAAGUUCUGAAAGUUGAAAUAAAAAAUAUUCAGGGUGAAAUAAACUCUUAUGUCAAAGAGAUUUCUGAUGGAGAAAAACAGAUUUCAAAGAUCAGGCAUGAAGAAAAUAAGGUCAUAGGGCAGAUCCAGAGCCUCCAAGAAAAGCUUCAUGCACUUGAACAACAUCGAGCUCAGUACGAGACUGAGUGCGAGAGUACUCGACAAACUCAGAAGGAGGCCAGAGGAAAGCUGCAUCAGACGCAGGAUAUCUUACUAACAGUUGAAAUACAGAUGGAGAAGGCAAGGUUAUUGGCCGAACAGUAAGCCUAGAAUACACAAGACACUAGUCAUGUCCGAGCUGAUGUCGAACAGGAAAUAAUCAGCUGAUGAAGACAUCACUCGUAAUGUAACUGAGUGAGUUCCAAUGAGGAAUACCGGUGGCUCAGAUUACUUGACCAUUGAAAAUGCUGAAUACAUGUAUUAAGAGAGACUAUUAACAAAUACUAAAUAUCCAGACAUUAUUAGAAAAUGUAGAAUAUCUAGCUUACUCUCUGUCCCUAUACAUGGUCACUUAAAGUGUCAAAAGGGAAAAAAUCAAGUAUUCCUCAUGUUAAUGCUGCCAGACAUUUUCCUAGAGCAGUUACCUGGUUACUAAGCAAUGACUGAAUGAGUUGUACACAUUUUGAUUUGAAGGAAUCUUAAUUUUUGUAAACUUAAGGACAAUAGCCUCUUCAUCGGCCAAUAAAACGAGACGGGAACACAC